UUGGAAAAGGUUUUGUUUACGUUGCAAUCUAUCGACUGUUUCAAUGCAUUUUUUCUAAUUUUCUUACUGAAAAUAUUGAGUAAAUACGUUUGCUGAAACUAUUUUGGGUCCGGCACAAGUACAGAACAGCACAGGAUGAGCGCACCAAGACGAUCCAGUGCGAGAAUUCGCAAAUCCACACUUUCUUCAAUCAAUUCCAAUGAUAGUUCGCGGAACACAGGCGAGCAAACGUCUUUUUCGGCUGUAAAAAGUAGCAAAACUCCUGCGAAACAUUCUGAUAUGAGUAUGAUGCCUCCUCCGGCUCCGGUCGAAGCAGACGCCACCAUCGGGAGGGUAUCGUUCAGGCCAGGAAAAUGGCGGAAAUCGAUGUCGACACUACUGAAAACCUCAAUGUGCCGUCGGGAAGGUGCUUGCUCGAUCGGAGGAGAGCGUCGUAUAACUAUGUACCAGGGACCACCGCAGUCGAAUGAAACACUGCACGACGCGCAACGGCUUUCCAGCAAUACUACCGCGGACAGACCUUCGGAUUCGCACGACGUCUCGGUGCAACGGUUUGUAGCGCCACUGUCCUGGAAAACGGUAUCCGACCAGCGCUUCUUGUGUCCGCAGCGAUCGAAAGACGAAGUCAUGACACGCUGUGGACAGCGGGAACCGAUCAGCUUCGAGCAGGCCCUCGCAAAAAUGGAGGCCACCGUUGAGCGCAAGAUUGGCGAGGGCGUGUACGGGGAAGUGUUUCUCUGCACCAAACCCAACGACACGCAGUCCGUGCUGAAGCUGAUUCCGAUCGAGGGCAAUCUACCAAUCAACGGCGAAAAGCAGAAAACGUUCGAGGAAAUACUGUCCGAAAUCAUCAUCUCCUCCGAGUUGAGCGAUCUCCGCCAGCAGAAUGUACAGUUCAGCACGGACGGGUUCGUGGAGCUGCGCAGCGUUAGCUGUGUGGUGGGCGAAUAUCCACAGCGACUGCUCGAGCUGUGGAAGGAUUACAAUGACCGGCAGGGUUCGGAAAACGACAGUCCGGAAGACUUUCCCGCCGACCAGCUGUACAUCGCGUUCGAAACGGCGUUCGGUGGCAGCGAUCUGGAUGGAUAUCGGUUUUACAACGCGCAGCAAGCCUUUGCUACCUUCACCCAGAUCGUGCUGGCACUAGCCGUGGCCGAAAAGCGGUACGAUUUCGAGCACCGCGAUCUGCACACGGGCAACAUACUGAUCGAAACGACCAAAGUGCCGGAACGGACGUACUGCCUGCUGGGCGAGGAGAUCGUCAUUAAAACGCACGGUCUAAAGGCGACCAUCAUCGACUACACACUAUCGCGCAUCGUUUACAGUGGGCUGUGCCUGUUUAACGACCUUUCGACCGACGAGGAGCUGUUCACCGCCGAAGGCGACUAUCAGUUUGAGAUUUACAGGAACAUGAAGACGGUGCUGCAGAAUCGGUGGGACCAGCACGCGCCGAGGACGAACGUGUACUGGCUACACUACCUGCUGGACAAGCUGACGUCGGUGCGGAACUUUCGCGAGAAAACUAGCAAAGCGCACAAGGCGGGAAUGAAGGCGAUGAAACAAUUAAGCGACGUGCUGCUGCAGUUUACCAGUGUGCAUGACAUUGUGCGAACGUUUUUUGCCUCUGACGUUCUGGAAGCAGAUAAAGAGAAUUAGGUAUCUAGCCUUUUUAUUAUCAUGUGCUUUAAACACAAUAACUAUUUACUAUUUUAUUUUUAAUUAAUAAACAUGUUUCAAUGAAAAGAACGA